AUGACAUUCUACGAACGUACUACAAUUUUACUUGACUGCCACCCCGAUACUCAGUCACCGUGCGUUCCUGAACUUGAAGAUUCCCUCGUGGUACCACCCUGUCCUUUAUGGUCAUGUUUCGUAGAGGCGACGUUAGAAUAUUGUCGUGUCGUGUUCGAUUUAUUUGACACAAGCAAUAGUACACGUCCUGUGUCCGUUCACAUCGCAGGUGUACCGUUGGAACGCAGUAUACUAAACACAUGGCAAGAACAAAAUUUAAAACAGAUUGCCGACAAUUUUACUUUUAUAUCACCAACCUCUGUUUCACCUUCGCCUGCGCGACUAACGCACGCAUUAGAAAGUUCUUUAAAAGCUUUGAACGAUCCAGAGUCUGACAAAAAAUUUAAUGCAAGAUUCAUAUUGAUUUUGAUGGGAAAAGGCGACGAACAACAAUUCAGGUAUCAAGAAACUCGGAGUCAUAAAAUAGUUGAUAUUCGGAACAUGAUCCGUGGCAUUUUAGCACAACAGGAGAAUCUUUUCAAGGAUAAAUUUCGACUUUUAAAACGUUGUCAUUUUGAUAUUUUACGUGUUUUACCAUCAUUCGAAAUAAUAUCAGAAGACAUUCCAUGGACAAAGAUUCAUGUGGAAAAUUUAAGCACAGAAUUUUCUGCAACAAUUUAUAAUAUUUUACCCGGCCGGAAACGUCUUACUCGUUCAAUGCUACAUUUAGUUCAAUUGCACCAUAAUUUACAUACGUUGCGACUGCUGGAAGUGCCUAUGAAGAAAAGUGACAACACAAAGACAACAUAUGAAAUAGAAUUGCUUUAUCAAGCAAAUAACCAUAAGCCUGGUAACUCAUCCAUUACAGCUGGACAUGCAUCAAAACCGCGAUUAUUUGAGCCAGACUAUUUUAAAGAUCGACAAACCAUUGUCAAAUGGAUUAAACAAAAACUUUACAGCCUAGAAGGAACGAUUACCCGUUGUUCUCAUAUGGUUACGCCUAUAGACAUAUCGGUGCCAACUCGUGUAUUAAUCACUAGCUUAGCUAAAGGUGCAAUUUAUGCUUUAACAGAUCCUUCAUUAUCUGCAAAUAGUAAUAAUCAGUCUACGAUUCGGAGUGAAAAUUCUCCACCAAUAAAGCCGCUUUUUUCACAUAUUCUAAUAUUUCGUGAAGGUGCAUUGUAUGUUCAUUGCCAACACAUCAAUCAUGGAAAAAAUGCCCAUCUUCUCGAUGCCAUCAAUUUUGAAGUUCCUUCUCAACUUGUGGUUUCGCCUAAAUUAGAUAUCUCUAUGUAUUCUCAGUUCUUUGAACCUUUUAUUAUUAAACCAAACUUGGUUAAUCGAAGGCCUAUAAAUAAAAUUAUCAAAGUAUCAGGACAUGAGGUUAAAAGCACGCAGACUUUGGAUAUUGAAACAAGAUGGCUUAAAAUUGCGUUAAGUUCGAACAACGACAUAAUACUCAAAUUGCAGAGCAGUUUAUCUGAAGGACAGGCUACACUUGUCCAUGAUAUACUGUCCGAAUUAAAAAAACUUCUUUGUGUUGAGACGCCGCCUAAUGAUUAUGCCAAAAUCUCAAACAAUAUACUGGAUCGAUUAUUUGCGCUUGGAAGGGGUUCUGACUCAUUUACAAAUCAAAAAAAUGCAGUUGCACUAUUGAAGUUGAUCCCUAUAAUUUCAGAAGCCUUUCAAUCCACGUCUCCAGAACACGCUGAGAUGCAUGAGAUCAUGACUGGGCGUGUAAGACCUGAUGGUACGGAAAAUAAGCCGCUACCUAUACCACAAUCAUCUGAUUUACCAAACAUCACUAGCAAUUUAACGACGGAAACAAUAUUAAAUCCAAAAGAGGAAACUAAAGAGACGCAAAUUGGAUGGAAACAAUUAGAUCAAUACAGUUCGAUGACAUACAAAGAACAACAAGAGAUGGAUGGAGCAGAAUCCACCAACUUAUCUCAACAAAUGUCCAUGAGAACUCGUGGGCAGCAUUAUCGUGUUAGAGGUGGUUUUGGGGGGCGUCGUCCUCAACGUGGUUUUUCUGAUUUCGGUAGAUCCCAAACACCGGACAUUAAUGAUGAUAACCGUAAUAGUGGUCCUGUGCCAUAUCUACAAUAUAAUGCUCCAAGUGUCUUUGGAAUCAAAAAGGAACAGGAACAAUAUAUGAGCCGGUUAGGUAAAUCUAAUUCACUACUAUACCAAUAUUGGAUCGGAAAAAGGAAUGCAAGAGAGUCUAAAGGGAUUAAACGUAAAGAUUUCGAUGGACAAUUACCUCUUACUGAGUCAAGUACUCAGGAUGAAAAGUUUGAACAAUGA